AUGGUGGGAAUCAGUGCGUUGUCUGAUGACUUGCUGCUUAAGAUAUUAUAUUUUCUUCCAACAAAAGUUGCAGUCUCCACAAGCCUUUUGUCGAAACAAUGGGAGUUUCUUUGGAUGUGGUUGCCUAAACUUGAGUACGAUGAGUACUAUGAUAUCACUGGUCCAUUGUCUUCAUCAUGGUUGAGGUAUGCGGAAUUUAUUGACAAGAAUCUGCCAUUGCAUAGAGCUCCGGUCAUAGAAAUCCUGAUCCUCAGUUUUUCUUAUGGUAGUUUAAGUCGACCCGACAGAAUCAAAAUAUGGGCUGGGAUUGCGGUUUCUCGCUUUGUGCGUGAGCUAAGUAUUGUCUAUUUGUGUGGCAAACCAAGUGAUGUAUUAUCAUUGCCUAGAAGUUUGUAUACCAGCAAUUCACUCAUGACUUUGAAACUUGAAGGCAACAACAUUCUUGUGAAUGUUCCUCGAAUUGUUUGUCUCCCUUCCUUGAAGACCUUGGAACUUCAUCGUGUGGCAUUCUUAGAUGAAGAUUCUCUUCGUCUCCUUCUAUCGCAUUGCCCUGUUCUUGAAGAUUUGUGUAUUGUAUUUGUCCGUGAUAGAGACCAAGACAAUUUGAUAGCGAUAGUUGUUACGUCCCGUCUUUGCAGCGUUUAUCCUUGCAUAUAG